AUGAAAAAAAGUGAUAAUCCUGAACUUGUCCAUAAAAAAUUGUUGUAAACAUCCACGUCACUAGACGGCCAUCUUGUUGCGACACACCGUUCGUGGCCAGCCGGCACGUCAAAUAUUAUUCAAAUAAAUUUCUGUGAAGUAGAUAAUAGAAAUGGAGAAUAUAUAUCGAGUACCAUUUAUCGUCCUACAAGUUCCUAAUUUAAAAAUAAAAAAACCAUCAUGGUUUGUGAAACCGAGUUCUAUGGUUAUGUUCGCACUGAUCCUCUUCUCGUACUUCCUCGUCACCGGAGGAAUUAUAUACGACGUCAUCGUGGAACCUCCAAGUGUCGGCUCAACAACAGAUGAGCAUGGGCACUCUCGUCCGGUUGCAUUCAUGCCAUACCGUGUCAAUGGUCAAUAUAUAAUGGAGGGGUUAGCUUCCAGCUUUCUGUUUACUCUUGGAGGAUUAGGAUUUAUUGUCUUGGACCAGACGCACAGUCCGUCAACCCCAAAGCUCAACAGAAUUCUUUUGAUCAGCGUAGGAUUCAUAUCAAUCAUCGUUUCAUUUUUCACUUGUUGGAUAUUUAUGCGCAUGAAGUUACCAGGAUACCUUCAAUCAUAAAAAAGAAGAUUACUCUCUUUAAUGAAACUGUACACACAUUUUUUAUAUAUGCGUUAUACAACAGUUUUUACUUUUACAAAGAAUAAGAGUUAAAUAAAUAACAAACAGCGCUCGUUA